UUUUGUUGCUAGAGAAGAUGGAACAUGAUGACAUUUGUAAUAAAACUCUGAAGAUUACAGACUUUGGUCUGGCAAGAGAGUGGCACAGAACAACCAAAAUGAGUGCAGCAGGGACUUAUGCAUGGAUGGCUCCAGAAGUUAUCAAAUCCUCCCUGUUUUCCAAAGGAAGUGAUAUUUGGAGUUACGGAGUGUUGCUGUGGGAACUGCUUACAGGAGAAGUUCCUUACCGUGGCAUUGAUGGCCUUGCUGUGGCUUAUGGAGUUGCUGUCAAUAAGCUUACAUUGCCCAUUCCAUCCACCUGCCCUGAACCAUUUGCAAAACUAAUGAAAGAAUGCUGGGAGCAGGACCCUCAUAUCCGACCAUCGUUUGCCUUAAUUCUUGAACAGCUUACUGCCAUUGAAGGGGCAGUUAUGACUGAAAUGCCUCAAGAGUCUUUCCAUUCCAUGCAAGAUGACUGGAAAUUGGAAAUUCAGCAGAUAUUUAAUGAAUUGAGGACCAAGGAAAAAGAGCUUCGGUCACGAGAAGAAGAGUUGACAAGAGCAGCUCUUCAGCAAAAAUCGCAAGAGGAAUUGCUCAAGCGCCGGGAGCAACAGUUAGCAGAACGUGAGAUUGAUGUGCUGGAGCGUGAGCUGAACAUCAUGAUAUUCCAGUUAAAUCAAGAGAAACCCAAUGUAAAGAAGAGGAAGGGGAAGUUUAAAAGAAGCCGGUUAAAACUUAAAGAUGGACACAGAAUUAGUUUGCCUUCAGAUUUCCAGCACAAAAUAACAGUGCAGGCAUCCCCCAAUCUGGAUAAGAGGAGGAGUUUAAACAGUAACAGCUCUAGUCCAUCAAGUAGCCCCACAAUAAUUCCUCGUCUUCGAGCUAUACAAUUAACUUCAGAUGAAAGCAACAGAACUUGGGGAAGGAGCACAACUUAUCACCAAGAAGAGUUUGAAGAUGCAAAGAGAAAUUUUAAAAAGAAAGGUUGUACAUGGGGACCAAGUUCAGUUCAAACAAAGGAUCGUGCAGAUUGUAAGGACAAGGUGAGACCCCUCUCAGAUGGCAGCAACCCUUGGUCAACUGUUUUAAUGAAACAUCAAAAAGGUGUUCCCUUAGCUUCACUAUUUGUGGACCAAGGUGUCUGUACUGAUAAGAAACUUAGCCCUGAAGGUUUGGACAGUAAAAGACCAAAGCCAAUUAAAUUGCCCAGUCAGGCCUAUAUUAAUCUACCUCUUUGGAAAGAUGAUCAGGGAGAGAAUACAGUAGAACAUGAGAGCUUUGAAGAAGGAACCUCUGCUAGUUCUACAAAUAGCACUCCUCAAAUGACGCCUACCAACAGUCUGAGCAGAGCACUGCACAAAAAGAAGACUGAUUCAGUGCUGUAUGGGUGUGCUGUCCUCCUUGCAUCUGUUGCCCUGGGCCUAGAUAUCAGAGAGCUGAACAAAUCUCAGGGUCCAGAGGAACUCUUGCCUAAAGAUGAGAAGAAGAAGCGUGAUGGAAUAUUUCAGCGUGCUUCAAAAUUUCGCAGGAGUGGAACAGAGGAUACAGCUGGCUGUAUUCCAUCCCUCAGUCCAGCUGCAAAUACUGUGAAUCUUCUCUCUAUGCCCUCCAUUUCCACAAAAUGCCUACUCCAGUCUGACAGUGAAGAUGCUUUUGUAAGCACUGUGCUUGGUGAUUGUAGUCAAUGUAGUUCCACUGAUGACUUUUCAUCUGAAACUUCUGAAAGUAAGAGGGAACAGAGGAUACAGCUGGCUCCUGACACAGUUUCUACACAAUUGAAAAAUCAGCCUUUUAAUCUUGGUCUGAAACAAGAAUCUCAAAAUGUGCCAAAAAGUUCCUCCACAAAGUUAAGUGUGUUGGGUCACAGACGAACCUUAUCAGAUGGGAACCAUUUUCAGACCACAGCUAAUGGAAUUGCUUCGACCAAUGAUGUCUCCACCCUACCAGUUCUGUCAGUUGCUGGAACUCUGCACUCUCCAUCUCUUCAACGAAGGAGCAAUCACAGUGGUGUUCCACCUGAAAAGCAAAGCACCAUCAAUAUUAUAUCAAGACCUCGACCUUCUUCUCUAAGAAAUAAAAUCGAUGCAUGGCAGAUUAUUCCACAUAUUGUUAAACCAAACUCAAAAGACUCUGAAUGUUUAGAGGGCAGUGUACAUCCAGAUGCUAAUUUCUUGCCAGAUACUGAGGAAAGAACUAACUGCCACAUGCCCUCGUUACUUGAUAUUGAUGUGGAAGGUCAAAACAGAGACUGUACUGUGCCCUUAUGUAGAAUGAAGAGCAAAACUUGUCGGCCAUCUAUAUAUGAACUGGAGAGAGAGUUUCUGUCGUGA